AUGGGUAAGAAUGGUGGAUUUCUUACUCCUAAGGCUAUUGCCAACAGAAUUAAAGCUAAAGGAUUACAAAAGUUACGCUGGUACUGUCAGGUCUGCCAAAAACAGUGUCGCGAUGAGAAUGGCUUUAAAUGCCACACGAUGUCUGAAUCACAUCAACGUCAAUUACUUUUGGUAGCAGAUAAUCCGGAUCAAUUCGUCGAUGGUUACUCGAAAGAAUUUGAGGAAGAUUUUAUAUAUUUAUUAAAAAGAAGAUUUGGAAGUCGAAGAAUUCAUGCAAAUGUAGUUUACCAGGAAUAUAUUGGUGACAGACACCAUGUUCACAUGAAUUCCACAUGUUGGGAAACGUUGACCUCGUUUGUCAAAUACUUGGGUCGUGAAGGUAAGUGUGCCGUGGAUCACACAGAAAAGGGUUGGUUUGUAUCCUACAUCGAUCGCGAUCCUGAGGUUUUAGCCAGGCAAGAACUUCUUAAAUCCAAAGAAAAAAUGGAAUUGGACGAUGCGGAAAGAAACGCAAAGUAUAUUCAACAACAAAUCAGCAAAUCUACUAAAGACGCACCUCCAAAACCAACCGAACUGAAACGUGAGGGCGAUACUGAUAAAGUCCUUUUCGUAAUGCCUAAUUCGAGUGUCAUUUCGAAGAAGAAAAGCAGCUCGCUCGAUAAAUUGUCCCCAUUGAGCAAUAUCAACACCGGGAAUUCUGUACCUUCUAUUAAACGGACUGGUGAAAAACGGAAAUCUGCUUUAGAGGAUAUUAUGGUAUUAAAAGAGAAAAAAAAGUCUAAAUUACAUGGUUCAAAUUGUUGGCUACGGAAAGGGAUAAUUGUAAAAAUUUUAAAUAAAGAAUUAGGUGAUAAAUUUUAUAAGAGAAAAUGUCUGGUAAAGGAUGUUGUAGAUCAGUAUAUUGGAGUUGUCGAGGUGUUAGGGUCCAGUGCUAGAGCGAAGAUAGAUCAGGCCGAUCUCGAAACAGUAUUACCAUCAUAUGGACGGCAUGUUAUGAUACUGAAGGGAAAGUAUAGAGGAUUAACUGCCAUAUUGGAGUCUUUGGAUUCCGAUAAAUACUGUGUCUCAAUACGAUUAGAUGAGGGCUCUGAGAAAGGAAAAACUUUGCAUAAUAUGGCGUAUGAAGCCGUCUCGAAGAUACCCGAGGCUUAA